AAUGCUCCAGCCCAGCACCGUUUCUUGGACCGCGCUCAUCACCGCCUACAUGGACGCUGGGCGCUUCCAGGAAGCCGUCGGCGUUGCGAGGAAUGAGUUCGCGAGUGGCAUGCGUCCAGACGGCUUCACGGCCGUGCGGGUACUUACUGCAUGUGCUCGUGUCACCGAUUUGGUGACCGGUGAGGCGGUGUGGAGGUUGGCAGAGCAGGAGGGGAUCGCUGGGAGCGUGUUCGUGGCCACUGCGGCGUUGGACUUGUAUGUCAAGUGCGGCGAGAUGGAGAAAGCUAGAGAGGUGUUUGACAGGAUGCAGGACAAGGAUGUGGUGGCUUGGAGUGCUAUGGUUGGGGGUUACGCCUCCAACGGAUUACCACGAGAGGCUCUGGAACUAUUCUUUGCAAUGCAGGCAGAGGGAAUGCGGCCGGAUUGCUACACGGUAGUUGGGGCACUAUCAGCGUGCACAAGGUUGGGUGCAUUGGAUUUGGGUCGGAGGGCAGUCGGGAUGUUGCGCUGGGAUGAGUUUCUUGACAAUCCAGUCCUGGGUACCGCACUGAUCGAUAUGUAUGCCAAGUGUGGGAGCACGGGUGAGGCAUGGACAGUGUUCCAGCAGAUGAGGAAGAGAGACAUCGUUGUCUGGAAUGCGAUGAUCUUGGGGCUUGGUAUGACUGGCCAAGAGAAGAUUGCAUUUGCGCUUGCUGGUCAGAUGGAGAAGUCAGGUAUGACACUGAAUGAUAAUACCUUUCUUGGAUUGCUCUGCAGCUGUACACAUACUGGCCUUGUAAAAGAUGGUCGGUGGUAUUUUCGUAACAUGACUCAGUUAUACCAUAUAAGCCCUAGGAUUGAGCACUAUGGUUGUAUGGUUGACCUGCUCAGUCGUGCGGGGUUGCUGGAGGAGGCGCGCCAGAUGAUUGAAGACAUGCCAAUCCAGGCCAAUGCUGUUAUAUGGGGUGCGCUCCUUGGUGGUUGCAAGAUCCACCGGGAUGCUGACCUUGCUGAACAUGUGCUGAAGCAGCUCAUCAGGCUGGAGCCAUGGAAUUCUGGAAAUUACGUCAUGCUCUCUAACAUAUACUCUAACAGUGGAAGAUGGGAAGAUGCAGCAAAGCUCAGGUUGGAAAUGAAGGAGAAGGGGGUUGAGAAGGUCCCUGCAUCUAGCUGGGUUGAAUUUGAUGGUAAGGUCCAUGAAUUCCGUGUUGGAGACAAGUCGCAUCCCCUCUCAGAUCAAAUUUACAUGAAGCUUGAGGAAUUGGGCAUGGAAAUGAAGGCUAUGGGUUAUAAACCUACUACUGAGGUGGUGAUGUUUGACAUUGAAGACGAAGAGAAGGAGCAUACGCUAGUGCAUCACAGCGAAAAGAUAGCCAUUGCAUUUAGCCUUCUUACUACUAAGCCAGGCGAGACCAUAAGAGUCACCAAAAACCUCCGGGUUUGCAGUGACUGUCACACUGCCAUCAAACUCAUCUCGAGGAUAACCAAUCGUGAAAUUAUUGUUCGAGAUAAUAAUCGAUUUCAUUGCUUCAGAGAUGGUCAUUGCUCUUGUAAUGACUACUGGUAGUAUACAGACAACUUCCUGAUGCAGUUUUGAGCAGCAGGGAAAGUUGAAAGCAUCAUUGUCAUUUUGAUGUAAAACUGUAGUCAGGCUAGAGUUGUAAUUGGAGCAUAGGAGAGGUAGACUAUAAGGCAGGCUAACACUGCAAUGUUAUAUUUUUUUUCCUCCCCGUUC